UAAAGAUUCAAUAUUGCUCAUAUCAGAAAAUUUUUAUCUUUACUUAAAAGUACAAGAAUUGUUUAAAUUUUUAUAUUAAUAUAAAACAUGAAUUUUCUUCUACUCGAUAAGAAAACAUCUAAAUGCGUAAAGAUAAAAAUGAAAAAUAAAUAUCGAUACGAAUGAAUCGAUAAAGAUUGACGAUGAAAUGUAUUGAUUCUAAUAAUAGAAUUGACAUUAUAAAUCUCUUUAUUAUAUUAAGAAUAUUUAUUGUUUCUCAUAUAACUCGGUGACCGAAUUUUACAAUAAAUAAUUUUUUAUAUAUGUUGAUAUAUUCUAAAAAUGGAACUGAUAUGUGCAGUACAAAAUUAUGAUUGGGGUAAAUAUGGUACAAACAGUAUUGUUGCAACAUUAAUUAAAACAGCAAAUCCUGAGUUUGUAAUAAAUGAAGAAAAAUCGUAUGCAGAACUAUGGAUGGGUACACAUCCUAAUGGUCCUUCAUAUCUGAAGGAAAAAAACAUUUCUUUAGAAGAAUAUAUACAAAAAAAUACAAAUAUAUUAGGAAUUGAAGUACAACAAAAAUUUGGAUCAUUUUUACCUUUUCUGUUCAAAGUUUUGUCUAUAAGGAAAGCAUUAUCGAUUCAAGCACAUCCAGAUAAGAAAAAGGCAGAAAAAUUACAUUUGCAGUAUCCUGAAAUUUACAAAGAUUCCAAUCACAAACCUGAAUUAAUGAUAGCAUUAACAGAAUUUGAAGCUCUUUGUGGUUUUCGCCCAAUUGAAGAAAUAAAAAAAUAUUUCAAAUUACUUCCUGAAUUACGAGCAGUAAUUGGUGAAGAUUUAGUUCAUGAAUGUAUGAUAACAAAUGACUCUGAAAAUUUAGUGCCUUUAAAAAAAUGUUUUCACAGUCUUAUGACACGUGACCAUAAUUUAGUAAUGUUACAACUUGAACAUUUACUUGAAAGAUUGUCAUAUUUGGAUAAAUCAUCUCAACAGAUAUUGAAUGGUGAUCUGUUGCGAAGGCUUCAUUUAGAUUAUCCUGGAGAUGUUGGAUGUUUUGGUAUAUAUAUAUUUAAUUAUGUCACUUUACAACCAGGCGAAGCUUUAUAUCUUGCUCCAAAUGAACCACAUGCAUAUAUAUAUGGUGAUUGUAUAGAAUGUAUGGCAUGCUCUGAUAAUGUAGUGCGUGCUGGAUUAACACCAAAAUUGAAAGAUGUAGAAACAUUAACAGAAAUAUUAACAUAUAAAUGCGAGUCAUGGUUUGCUAAAAAAUUGUGUGGGUACUGCGAAGAUAAUUAUACAGAGAUAUUUCAACCUCCAGUGCCAGAUUUUGCAGUGGCCAAAAUUUUAAUACCAUCUGAUAAAAUGAGAUAUGAAUUAAUUACAAGAAAAACAGCUAGUAUAUUAAUUAUCAUAAAUGGUAGAGCAGAAACUCAAACAUCACAAAUUCUUCACGAAGGAUCUAUUUUAUUUAUUCAUGCAAAUGAAAAAAUUAUGUUGAAAAUUCUAGAAGAUUACUCAUUAUUAAUGUUUCAAGCAUUUGCAAAUGUAUGAACAAAAAUAAAAAGUCAAUUUAUAUGCA